UUACUCCUGUGCCCUCCAUUCUGUCAGAUCCUAACAUUGCAACAACUGUAACCACUCCCACCCACCAACCCCCCCUCAACUCUAUACUCUUCCGCGCGCUCUUUUUUUUUUUUUUGAUAAUGGAGGACCAAAGUACUGUUACUAUUAGGGACCCUGCAAUUAAGCUUUUUGGUCAGAAGAUUCCCCUUCCCGGAGAUCCUGAUGUUCUUCCCGCCGCGCCCAUGGACCAUGAACAGGACCUUCAUGAAGAAGACGAAGAAGAAGAGGAGGAGGAGCUGGAUGACGACGAGGAAGACGGAGAAACCCAAGACACUCACGAGGACAAGGAUGCAGAAGCUGAAAAUCUUACCACCCAAGAGCAAGAAGCUGAUCCUCCUCCAAAUGUAGAAGAGGACAAGAAAUCAGCCACAUCACCUGAGGCUAUGGUGAAUCCGAAAACACCUGCCAUAGAAGAAGAUUCUGCAAAAUCAAAAAGUGACAAGUCAGAUAAGGAACAAGGUGACACAUCCAUUCCACAAGAUCAGAAACCCCUGAAGAAGCCUGAUAAGUUGCUUCCAUGCCCCCGCUGCAAUAGCAUGGAUACUAAAUUCUGUUACUACAACAACUACAACGUAAACCAGCCACGUUAUUUCUGCAAAGCCUGUCAACGAUACUGGACUGCAGGUGGCACCAUGAGGAAUGUGCCGGUUGGAGCAGGGCGGCGAAAAAACAAGAACUCUGCCAACCAUUAUCGCCACAUCACAAUCUCUGAGGCUCUUCAAGCAGCUAGAAUUGAUGCUCCUAACGGGACUCAUCUCCCUGCUUUGAAAAGCAAUGGGAGAGUCCUCAGCUUCGGCAUUGAUGCCCCAAUCUGCGAUUCCAUGGCAUCUGUCCUUAACCUUGGAGAGAAAAAGGUUCUUAAUGGCACAAGAAAUGGAUUCCAUCAUGGCUUUGAUGAUCAAAGAUUGAAAGUUCCUUCCAAAAGUGGUGAAAACAGCGAAGCUUGCACGAGUUCAUCGCCUGUUGCAGUUUCAAAUCCAAUGGGGGAAAACAGUAAAAGUACUUUCCAAGAACCAAUGCUUCCAAGCAACGGUUACCUUCCCCAAGUUCCUUGUAUUGCUAGUGUUCCUUGGCCUUAUCCGUGGAAUGCGGCAAUUCCCUCACCAGCUAUGUGUCCUCCAGGAUUUCCUGCCCUUCCAUUCUAUCCUGCGGCCUUUUGGAACUGCAGCAUGCCCGGGAACUGGAAUGUUCCAUGGUUUCCUCCACAGUCCUCCCCUUCAAACCCAAAAUCUCCAAGUUCCGGACCGAAUUCUCCAACUCUGGGGAAGCACUCUAGGGACGGUGACACGGGUAACCAAGAUUCUUUGAGCAAAGAAGAGCCACCAAAGCAGAGAAAUGGAAGCGUUUUGGUUCCCAAAACGUUGAGAAUUGAUGACCCAAGUGAAGCUGCAAAGAGUUCUAUAUGGGCAACUCUAGGGAUCAAGAAUGAAUCCAUUAGUGGGGGAGGCAUGUUUAAGGCCUUCCAAUCAACAAAAGAAGAAAAGAAUCAAGUCGAAGCUUCUCCUGUGUUGCGGGCUAACCCUGCAGCUUUGUCGAGAUCCCUUAAUUUUCACGAGAGCUCGUGAAUUUGCGACCAGACUCGAAGUACCUGAUAUAAAACCAUUCAUCUGUCUUGGCAUAAAGAGGCUUUGAUACCAUGUCAUUAACAACUGUCUCUCCAAACUAUUGGGCUGAGACACGUUAAUGGUUCUUGAAUCUUGAUGGCAACAAGAUUAGUCAUUUCUUUGAGUAAUGGAGUAUUUGACUGUGCCUUCAUUGACCUUCUGCUGAAACAAAGGGUGGUGGUAGUCUUUGAUUUGUUCAGCAUAAAAGUGGAGUAUAACUUAUGUUGGAGGUUACAAGAAGUUUUGGUGAGAUGGAAACUAAUUUUGUCCUUUUCUUUUUUUCUUUCCAUUUGACACUAUGAAUAGGUGCCUUUUUAGUUUGCUAAGUUUGUGAGUUUCAUGUAAAUAUAUAUGAAGUAGCAUAUGUGAAAUACUGGCUAGAUAUGGAGAAAGAUAUUUACUAUGUAUAAAAUGCAGAGGUGCUGUGUUUUCUUUUCCUAUCAAAUGGGGUCUUCCCCAUUUUUGUACCAUGGUUUACUAAACAGAAAUAAGAAAAAAAAAAUUGACACUUU